AUGUCAGGAGGGUCGUGUGACGGGGAGUCGCUGGUGGGUGAUCAGUCCACCAGGUUCACUCCGAGGUGUAUACAGAGUGCUCCAAACUCCGAGAAAUGUGCGGAGUUCUCCAACUCCAAGGUGUAUACGGAGUUCUCCCUGUGCUCUCAAUACUGCUACCCCUUGACUGUCAGAAGUACUCUGCCUGAGUCCUUGUACAUAACAGAAAGUUGUUUGCAGGCCUCAAGCCUCAUUAAUACCAGAAACGGACAGCUCAGCGUGCUGGAAGACACAGUGACUGAGAAUAAAUCAAAAACAGAAGAAAGCCACCAUCUAUUAGUGUUUGUUACCUCUGCACUUUGUGUCCAUUGUCACCAAGUGCCCCACUACGAAGAAGACCAGGACAGUCAGAAAGAAAUAAGUUCCCCACAGCAGCAAUCCCAAGCUGAAGGCAGUGCCACAGGUAAAAACAUGGCCUGUCACAAGAUAGCCCCAAGCAAUGCUGACUUUGCAUUCAGGUUCUACAGGCAGGCUGCAUCACAGGAAGACGGCAAGAAUGUUUGCUUCUCUCCUGUGAGCAUCUCCACUGCCUUUGCAAUGCUCAUGCUAGGUGCCAAGAACACCACACUGAGGCAAACUCUGGAAGCCUUUGCUUUUAACCUGACAGAGAUUGAGGAGAAAGAGAUCCACGAUGGUUUCCGGCAUCUACUUCACAUGCUAAACCAACCAGACAGUGGGGUCCAGCUGAGCAUGGGAAAUGCCCUGUUUAUAAAAGAUGGGCUGAACGUACUCCCAAAGUUUUUGGAGGAUGUCAAAAGCUUUUAUGCGUCGGAAGCUUUUUUGAGUAACUUCCAGAAUCCUCCUAAGGCUGAGAAGCAGAUCAAUGAUUACAUAGAGAAGAAAACUGCGGGGAAAAUUGCCAGUUUAGUGAAGGAUCUGGAUCCAGAUGUUUUAAUGGUUCUGGUCAACUAUAUUUUCUUUAAAGCCAAUUGGAAAAGUCCUUUCAAGAAAGAGGACACCAAGGAAGACGAUUUUUUUGUGAACAGCAAAACACCUGUCAAAGUAAAAAUGAUGCAUGGAGAAAAAGUCUGUGGUGUUUACCGUGAUGACAUCCUGUCUUAUUGGGUAGUUGAAAUGCCCUACAAAGGAAAUGCAGCUGCAUUAUUUAUUCUGCCAGAUGAGGGAAAAAUGAAGCAGGUAGAAGAAGCUCUGUUGAAAGAAACUGUGGAGAAAUGGGAACAAGCACUGGAGCAAAGACAAAUUCAUUUGUACCUUCCAAAAUUCUCUAUCUCUGGCACCUAUGAGAUGACAGCCCUGUUGAAGAACAUGGGUGUGAUGGAUGUAUUCUCUGACUGUGCUGAUCUGUCAGGAGUCACCGGGAGAGCUGAUCUCAAGGUCUCAAAAGCUCUUCACAAGGCUGUGGUGGAUGUUGAUGAGAAAGGCACCGAGGCUGCAGCAGCAACCGCUCUUCUAUUGGUAUUCGGGAGUUGUUUUUCUUAUGUUCCUCCUCCUAUCAUCAAAUUCAACAAGCCAUUUCUAAUGGUAAUUGUUGAGAAAAAUACCCACAGCAUCCUCUUCGUGGGCAAAAUUGUGGAUCCCACUUCUGCAUAAAUCAAGGUACUCCUUUUAGUUAAAUGCCAAAGAGGAUUUGCUCAGUAUGCAAACUCUUUUACCCUAAUGAAACAAUGAUUAACGUGAAAUAAAAAAUUGGGAAAGCUCACAGCAAAGGGCAGGACUAUAGAAUAAUGAAUUAUCCUUGGUGACACACACAUUGGUUUCUCCUUGUUCCAGUCUCUCCCAUACCAAUCUAGCCUUCUCCCCACCACCCAAUGACCUCCUCCAAAGACAAACUCCACCCAUUAACUGACUGGUUAAUUCUGUUUUGCUUUGUAACUUGAAUCCUGGUUUUCUGUGUCUAAAAAUCACAAAUUCUCUGAUUAAAAACUAAAAAUCUCUGUUUUUCCACAAUUAAAAUGAAAUACUACUGUAUAUAUGUAUUAGUUGAACACAAUGUUUUAUUGAUAUAUACAAUUUUAAAGCAAUUUUGAAGCCUACCAGGGUCCCCCCCAGCCCUCAGCCCCCUCCCUACUUGCCCGCACGGAGCCCAGGUCCAGCUCUCUGCAGCAGCGAGCGGGGACUGCCCGAAUCGUCGAAUCUCCGAAUCUUUCUCCAAAUCUUUUCUGAACCGAUUCAGAGGCUUCUACUCAAUUUGGACCUUUUUAUUGGUCUCCCGAUUAGAUUCAGAUGUGGAGAUUUGGCUACCCAAUUAAGCCAAAUCUCCUCCAAAACUAAUCAGCGCCUGAAGCUUCACACAGCCCUAUUGAGCAACCCUGGUAUGCUGGUGCACAGCCUAUGCCAUUGCCCUUAAAGCCAGCCACAGCCCCCCAUGAGGAGGCCCAAGCAAGGAGCAGUGUGUGGAGGGUCUGUAAUCUCUGCUUUGUUCUCAGCCCUCUGCUGCUGCUGCAGCAAGUCCAGGGACUGGAGAUUGGAGGGAUCAUUGCAGAUCCCCCUGAAUGUGAAGCAGCCCUCACAAGCUGCUCAUUGACCUGUUCCUUGUAAACUUAAAUAGGCCCUUUGCUGCUUGAUGGGGACAUAGCCUAGGCAUUAGCUUACAUCCAGUUGGCCAUAGCAGGUAAAAGAAGAAGCAAAAGAUAAGCAGGCAAGAGGAUGCCAUAGACAAAGAGACUUUAAAAGGCGUCAGAAAGAUAGGUUGGAAAAAGAUGACUCAAAGAUACUUAGAGCCCAUUUAGUAGUUUUAUGCUUGUUAUACCUGAUUUACAACCAAGGCUUAAUAGAAAUAAGAGAUAAAAACAGACAUAUUAUUAUAAGUUAAGAUAUAACCUAUUAGGGCCAUUUCCAUGUUCUAAGUAAGCUUGGAAAUUGGGACAGGUAACGGAGUACAAAAACCCAGGACCACCUUAGAAUUUUUCUCUUCAGUCUAGAACUACACUUCUUGCUGAAUUGUUAGUCUGCAAACAUAGUGUGUCUUAAAAACUUUGUUUUUGAACCCCAGGUGUGAAGCUCAAUUCCCUAUUGCCCAGGCUAGCCACUUGUUAGAGGCAUUUUAAGGCCUAGAACAUAGAGUAUUUAGGAUAAAUUUGUUUGCAAAAUUGAGAAGACGAUUAUUUUGUUAGGUGAAUAAGAAAUUUAGCAUUUUCAAUAAUGUGCUUAUUAUGCCUUCUCUGUAAUAUAUUUCAUCAUUUAUAUAUUAUCUGUAUUUCAGUAUUAAACUUGAUAUUCAAAUGUG